AUGGGUGAUACGAAUGGACAAGUCGUAGCUGGUGGCAAAGGUCAAGGAAAUCGCUUAGAUCAAUUGAAUUGGCCAACCGAUGUGCUAAUCGACAAAGAGACUGAUAGUCUCAUUAUUUGCGAUUGGCAGAAUCGACGAGUCGUACGAUGGUCUCGUCGUAGUGGCACAACUCAAGGAGAAAUUCUCAUUGACAACAUCGAUUGUUGUGGAUUGUUCAUGGAUGAUCAGAGAUAUCUCUACGUCUCUGACACGGAAAAACAUGAAGUAAGACGAUAUCAAAUAGGAGACAAGAAUGGAAUUACUGUGGCUGGUGGAAAUGGCACAGGUGCUGGUCUCAAUCAACUCAACUUUCCGACCUACAUCUUUGUCGAUCAACAACAGACUGUCUACGUGUCAGACAACAACAAUCAUCGUGUCAUUAAAUGGAAUAAAGGUGCAAAAGAAGGCAUUGUCAUCGCUGGAGGUGAAGGUGAAGGGGAGGCUCUGACACAAUUGUCUUAUCCUUACGGACUCCUCGUCGAUACGUUGGGUACCAUCUAUGUGGCAGAUUCGAAGAAUCAUCGAGUGAUGCGUUGGCCUAAAGGAGCAAAACAGGGUACUGUCAUUGUGGGUGGAAAUGGUCAAGGAGCAGGAGCAAAUCAGUUCCGAUAUCUCCGUGGUUUGUCUUUCGAUCGACAAGGCAAUCUCUAUGUCGUCGAUGAGAACAAUAAUCGUGUUCAAUUUUUUUCAAUUCAAUAA